UUGAUUUUAAAACAGGCCCUUUUGUUUCUCUUUGCAGGAAUUUCGGGCGACGUCAAAAUCGAUUCCAAUGGAGACAGAAUCGCCGACUACUCGCUGCUCGACAUGGACCCCGAGACGGGCGAGUUCAAGAUUGUAGCCAACUACAUCGGCGGCAAGCACCGGCUGGAGUACGUCCCUGACCGGCAGAUCCACUGGUCGGGCGGCCGCACCGAGCCCCCCGCCGACACGCCCCUGUGCGGCUUCGACGGCAGCCUCUGCCCAGACAACGCCCUGCCCGGGUACGCCAUCCUCAGCAUGGUGCUGAGCUCCGUGGUCGUCGUGCUGGCCGUCGCGUCCUUCUUCAUAUACAGGUACGUCGACCGGCUGAGCAUCGAAUGACGGACGGGUGCGCCGCCCCGAAGGCCCGGACGGCCCCCGCCAACCUCUGGGCCGAGCGGGGAGGCCGCCCAAGCACCGUAGCCUUUGGCUCGUUACAGCACCUUUCCGUUUUCAAAUCUUGUACA